UAGUCCGCCAGAGGGCGAUAAUUUAUCACUUAAGUCAGAGCAGAGUUUAGUGCUCUUCCAAAGUUAUGGGAAAAGAUUGGGCAAGAGCCCUAAGAAAAUAUUUGAGUUACAAAAGAAAGAGCGCCAACAGUUUGGGCGAAUAAGCACUCCCUUUAUUAAAGCAGAGACAAAAACACUCAAUGAGCUAGGCGGUGGAAUUGUGCCAAAGGACGGACCUAUUAUUAGCAAUUUCCCUCCAUCUAUUUCAGCACUAUUAGCUCAAGUACCUUUUAUUUUAUUAGCUCAGCGAAGCCUUCCACCGAGAUUAGUAGCUCGGAGCAUUCAACCAUUCUCAGUUGUGGCUAUAGAGCCGACUCUUUGUUUGUUUCCUAACUCAUCGCAGUUGUCCUCCGUGUUUCCUUACCCAACAACAGCUUUUACUUCAAUACAACUAGCAUAUUUUAGAAAGUUGGGCAGCUCAGAAAUAAUUGAGAAUUUUGAUCUUAUGAAUAAAUGGUUGGAUUCUGGCAGCGCUAUUGUAUCAUCAACUAGCGAAAGUGUUCUCGACUCUUAUGAAGAGCAAGCAAUAGAAAAUACAUCAAAAAGUGAGAAAAUUGUGGAAAAUGAUAAAAGACUAGAACAACAGCAACCACUAUUUUAUUUUAUUUUAAAUCCUCUACAUGCGCCCAACAAUGUAGACAACCAGAAAAGUGAACAUCAAGUAAUGGAACAAUCAUCACAACAACAUAUUGGUUGGGAAACCGAGAAAGCACCGAAACGAAUAUGA